UUUGCUGGACCCCAGAAAGAGUAGCUAAUGGGGAUCCACAAUAAAUACAAAUACAAGAUACAGUAGUUAAAUGGAAACGCACCCUAGCAGGCAAAUGUCAUGUAUUUUCAAUGCAACUUUCUAAAUGUCAACAGCAACAAAAAUGACUAGACAAGUUAAUGGAAACACAGUUAAUGAAAAAUGUAUACAUUUUGGAGGAAAUUAUACCACUACCCAAAAGGACACUUUAGAGAGUGGAAAGGCAAAGGGGCAGAGCCCUAUCUGUGCACGUGCAUGUCUGUAGUAACAACCCGAGGUAAGAGUUGCCCUUAGGGUCAGCUGAUCUAGGACCCAAUUACCCUCUACAAAUCAUAACCUGAGGAGGAAACCAUAAAUGAUCUUAGAUCAGUGUCUAAGGACACGUUUGUCCUAUUCACCAAAGCACUGCUUCACCUGCCAUACACUGAAGAUGCACCUGUCAGACGAGAUAGACAGACUAGAUGGGGAGGGAGGGUGGAGUCUAUUCUCUUGUGAUAACUGUACAUACUAGUGGUUAUACCUGUUACACCUGCUCUGACAUCAACUUUCCUCCCCCCGCCUCUGCCUCUCCCAUGUGUCAGCUGAGCCACAGGAGGAAUCGGCAGCAGGGAUCGUCUCUCUGUCUGUCCAUAGACAAACUGCCCCCAUCUACAGAUAAAGAAAGAGGAGUGUCAGUGUUAGACUAGCCCUAACCUGUUCUCUCUCUUUCUCCUUCAUUUUCACCUCUGUUACACUGUCUCACUACAUUGGCGCCUUGGGAGACAAGAGAGAGGCUUGUCUCUGCUGUUCUCUCUCUUUUUCUCUCGUUCUCCCUCUCCUGGGACCUAAUGCAGUAGCGCCCCUAUACCAGGCGGAGGAGGAACUCGCUAGGGCUCAACAACGGCACAGUAUGGGUGACGAAAGCUACAACUUUGUCUUCAAAGUGGUUCUGAUUGGUGAGUCUGGUGUUGGGAAAAGCAACCUGCUGUCUCGCUUCACCAAGAAUGAGUUUAACCACGACAGCCGCACCACCAUCGGAGUGGAGUUCAGCACCCGCACUGUUCAGCUGGAUACCUUCGCCAUCAAGGCUCAGAUCUGGGACACGGCAGGGUUGGAGAGAUACAGAGCCAACACCUCCGCGUACUACAGAGGGGCGGUGGGGGCUCUGCUGGUGUAUGACAUCACCAAGCACCUAACCUAUGAGAGUGUGGAGCGUUGGUUGAAGGAGCUGUACGACCACACCGACCCCCACAUGGUGGUCAUGCUGGUGGGCAACAAGAGUGAUCUGGAUACCCUGAGGACCGUGCCCACCGAGGAGGCCAAGGACUUCACAGAAAAGAAUGGCCUCUUGUUUAUGGAGACGUCAGCUCUGGAUUCUACCAACGUUGAAGCUGCUUUCCAGGAAGUUCUCACAGCGAUCCACAAGAAGGUGGCCAGUCGAGAGGUGCCCCGCGUGUCCAUCACUGCCUUGACCCUGUCCAGUACUAUUGGAACAGCUAGCGACGCCCAGGAGAAACGCAGUACCUGCUGCAAGAACCUCUGACUGGUUCUGACCAGGUUUGACCUGUUCUAUCUGAUUAUCUUCAGUUCUACACAGAAUCUUCCUACUCUGCCCUCAAUCAGGUUAAAGGGAAUAGUGUAUAGGACUGUCCAAACCAAACCAGGCAAGUCAAAUCAAGUCACAUUUAAUUUACAGUGCAUUUCACAAUUCUCAACAAGACAGAUUUAAGAGACAUGCUACAUUUAUGUACAGUUGAUCAAUGUUGAUACUAUUGGUGCUACUGCUUGGCUAAAUGUUGCUGACCACAACAUAUUUGGGUGGAUUUUUUCUUCUUCUGUAUGCUCGUUUUUAAACUUUAGCAGUUAUUAUACAGCAAAUAAAUCUUGAUUUGGUAUAUUCGAAA